UGUGACGUUCAUGAUCACUGUGGUUCCAUCUGACACACACUCUUUUUGUCUUUUCGCCGAUGGCACCAAUAUUCUCUGCGCUGACAAAAAUCUAACUGUAGAAGAAACUAUGAAACAAUAAAUACAAAGAAAUCUGACGAAGUAGUUCCUCAUUCUUAUAAAAAACGUAUCUAUCAACCAAAUAUUCAUAUUCGUUACAAUUUCUUUGGAAGGAAAAUAAUAAUUCAGUUACCCUUGGGCAGUAAUAAAUCGUUACCUUUUUUUGAAAUAUCACAUCGGUUAUAUUACACGUAGAAUAAAUAAAACAGUAGGAUUAAUUGCGAAAUUAAGACACUUUUUACUACUACCGACUCAGUUGAAUGUAAGGAGAUAUUAAUGUCCCAAUAUUUUCACUUGUGAACGUUUAUCUAAUUUACAUAAUUUAUGGACCAACUUAACAUAUCACAAAUCAUAAAAAAAGAGUUAAAUUAACAGAAAGUGAUAAACAAUAGUAUGUCCGAAGGAGAUGGUAAUAAUCCUUAAUUGGUGCCUAAGUAACAUUUCUUAUGUAUGUAUAAUUACACGUGCAUGUAUACAUGUAUAUGGCGGUAAGUAAUAAUUCGUUCUUUGUACUUCUUGUCCCUGUUCUUUAUCUCUGUCACAAUUAUAUAUUAAAAAAUGUCAUAAUCUAUGACUGGCCCGCCGAGAUUUAUUCGCCUAUUUGCGGUCAGUCCAAUGUAACAACGUGCAAUAUGUAAUAUGUAAAACAAAUAAUAACAUUUAUGUAUUGUAACUUAUAACUCUCUUAGCUUUGAGAAACUUCGUGACAGCUUUAACGUGUACCUCAAGAAGCAGGCUACAGAAGAACAGGAAUUAAUUAACAGGUUAGUAUCCUGAGUUGUUUAUGUUGCUGUUGCCUCAAGUGAGUUUGAUGUUUAUUUGUUACUUCAAUUUUUUGGUAGAACAACGUAUUUGGCGUUGCCACGAAGCAAUAAGUCAUUUCACUGAAACAAUCAGCAUUAGCAGGGUCCUUUGUUAUUGUUAUUUUCUAUGGGGUGGUAAGAGUCUUUCCCAAAUGCACGUACAUUCUCACUGUGUUGACAUUUUGAUUACACUUUUUGAUCAUGUUUAUCUGUUCAAAGAUUCAUUUGAUUUGACAAUGUAUCCAUGUUAAUAUUCACUUUAAGUUUGUCGAAGAGGGACGAGGAGUUACGGGUUCUCCGGGAACAAUUAAGAGACAAGACAGUGAGAUUGGCCAUAAGUUUUGAAAAGCGACUGAAGCAAGAUCAACGACGAGUUGAAAAUACUGUGGAAUCAAACACACCCAGUGAUAUAGAAAAAGACUUCAGCGAAUUUUUCGAUGGAGAGAGGCUUGACGCUUGUGACGACAUCGAGUUCGUGUUGGGCCCAUCCGGAGAAAUCGAAGAUAAUGUUUAUUAUCCAAGAUUGGCUUGCUUGAUAUUUGAGACUGCUUACGAACAGGUGAAAGAGGCAAGGGAUGCCGCUUGUGAUUUGUUCCAAAACGUUACCAGCCAACUAAUUGGGGAAGCUCCAAGAAUGUGCCAGGAAUUAUGCCACGCAAGAAAGGAGAAUGGUGCUUCUGCUCAGUUACCAGAAACAUUUGAUCUUUUAACGGGGAGGAUGGAUGAAGGAAUAUCAACGGAUGUACUUGAUGGAAUGAUGCUUUCCUUGAAAGAAACGUCACACUUGGGUAACCUCGACUGCUUCCAAAAGGAUGUCAGGAAGAUUGUGUGGGAACGUUGGACAAAUUGCAUGUCCGAAAUGGAGGGAUCAUUCUUACCCAGGCCUUCAGAGGAUGUGUUGACACGACUCGGUGACUACAUAAAGGCAUGUAUCAGGCUAACAUGGAGAAUGGUUACACAAGUUCCACCAAUGCAGCUUGAGUAUGGGGCUGUGCAAUUUGACAAAGAUUUGCAUAAAUUGGCGAGAUUCCAACAUCGUGCAGAAUACAGUCGUGGUGCAGAUCAUCUUUCUGGGCAGGUUAUUGCCUGUUACUUGUGGCCUGCACUUUUGGAAGCGGGUGAUCGAAUUGUUUUUCCAGGAGAGGUUAUGUGUGAGCCUGAAUCGGAUGGUUAUGUGGUGAUUUCCCCAUCUUUGAUACCCUGAUAACAGGAUA